AUGGGUCAGGACCAAACCAAACAGCAGAUUGAGAAGGGACUGAAGCUCUACCAGUCUAAUGACACAGAAAAGGCUUUAUAUGUUUGGAUGAAAGUGUUAAGGAAGACAUCUGAUCCUGGGGGGAAGUUUCGGGUUUUGGGGUGUCUGAUAACAGCACAUUCGGAAAUGGGAAAAUACAAGGAGAUGCUACAGUUCUCCCUCGCUCAAAUAAACACAGCUAGAGAGAUGGAGGAUCCGGACUACCUGACGGAGGGCUAUUUGAACCUGGCACGCAGCAAUGAGAAGCUUUGCGAUUUCCAGAAGACGGUCUCAUAUUGUGAGACCUGCUUAAACAUGCAAGGCACCACUGUUAGCCUGCAACUCAAUGGGCAAGUGUGCUUAAGCAUGGGAAAUGCCUACUUGGGCCUAAGUGUUUUCCAGAAGGCCUUAGUUAGCUAUGAGAAGGCCCUACGAUAUGCUCACAACAAUGACGACAAGAUGCUGGAGUGCAGGGUCUGCUGCAGUUUGGGCAACUUCUACAUCCAGCUUAAGGAUUUUGAAAAAGCGCUCUUCUUUCCGUGCAAAGCAGCUGAACUGGUGAAUGAUUACGGUAAGGGCUGGAGUCUGAAGUAUCGUGCCAUGAGUCAGUACCAUAUGUCGGUAGCCUACAAGAAGCUGAUGCGCCUACCAGAUGCAAUGGAAUGCUGUGAGGAAUCAAUGAAGAUUGCACUGCAGCAUGGAGAUCGACCCCUUCAGGCAUUGUGUCUGCUCAACUUUGCUGAUAUUCAUCGCUGUCAGAAAGAUGUUGAUAAAGCAUUCCCUCGCUAUGAGUCCUCCAUGUGCAUAAUGUCAGAGAUUGGCAACCGCCUUGGACAAGCAUCCAUCUAUGUAGGAGUGGGGAAGUGCUGGAUUCUGCAGAAGGAAUAUGAUAAGGCUCUGGACUCACUGCAAAGAGCAAAUGAUCUCGCCGAGGCAAUCGGAAACAAGCUGUGUAUCCUGAAGGUGCACAGCCUGUGUGAAGGCAUUUACCGCUGUAAGGAGCAGCAGGAGGAGUUAAGGGAGCAGGUGGUGAAGUUCCUGCAGUGUGUGGAGGAGCUGGAGCUCUACUGCGGCAUGUGUGGGGAGUCUAUCGGAGAGAAGAACCAGCAGCUGCAGGCCUUGCCCUGCUCUCACAUCUUCCACCUCAAGUGUCUGCAGACAAACGGCACAAAGGGCUGCCCAAAAUGCCAUCGUUCAUCAGUGAAGCUGGGUUUUGUAUGA